AGAAAAAAAAAGAAACUUUUUCAUCAGUGGAUCCCUGAAUCAACAAUGAUGAUUUAUAUUUUAAACCAAGCAUCCAGUUUGUCUAUUAAACUGCUCCCCCACAUUGGGACAUAUCUUCAAAGUCUUUGCUCCAGUCUUGAAUUAACUCCUAUUAUUUUUAAAACAGGUAAUACACCUAUUCAUUUUUACCAAACUAGAACCAAAAUGAAGUUCAUUAAAGGAUGGAACACAUGGCCCAUUGUCUGUAUCCUGAUGUCAGUGAGUCUAUUGAACCCCAAGGAGUUUCUCUUGGCACGCCUGCUUUGGUAAUCAAUGUUAAAGUGGUCUGUGUUAAUCAGCACAGAGGAUUUGUCCAGAUGCUUUUCUGAACAGUCUCUCUAACUGGUACUCAGCCACCAGCCCCAUUUAAAAUAACGACCAGUCAUUGUAUCAGUGUGGUGUGAGCAAGAGGAAGGGGCAGGACAGUGAACCUUCCCUCAGAACAGAGCACUGUGCAAUGCACAGGAAAGUCACAAUCAACUGAGAGCUGCACACUGAACAUGAGGGCACAUUGGGGGACACUCUUCCAGGGGGCAUUCUGCUUACUGAGUCAUCUCUUUGGAAAGCAGAACACAUUUCCAGUAGCAGAGGGUGUUCCUGUCAGGCUGGUGGGCGGGAACAGCUGCUGCUCUGGGAGAGUUGAGGUUCUUCAUGAUGGCCAGUGGGGGACAGUGUGUGAUGAUUCCUGGGACAUGAACGAUGCCCAGGUUGUGUGCAGAGAGCUGGGCUGUGGCUCUGCUGUGUUGGCUCCAGGAAGUGCUCAUUUUGGCCAAGGGGAUGGAAAAAUCUGGCUGGAUGAUGUGGCAUGCAACGGAUCAGAGACCUCACUGCACAGCUGUGGAUCACAAGGAUGGGGUAAACAUGACUGUAACCACGGUGAAGAUGCUGGAGUGGUUUGCUCAGCAUUGCAGAGUGUUAAUGUCAGGCUGGUGGGCGGGAGCAGCUCCUGCUCUGGGAGAGUUGAGGUUCUUCAUGAUGGCCAGUGGGGGACAGUGUGUGAUGAUUCCUGGGACAUGAACGAUGCCCAGGUUGUGUGCAGAGAGCUGGGCUGUGGCUCUGCUAUGUUGGCUCCAGGAAGUGCUCAUUUUGGCCAAGGAGAUGGAAAAAUCUGGAUGGAUGAGGUGGCAUGCAGUGGAUCAGAGACCUCACUGCACAGCUGUGGAUCACAAGGAUGGGGUAAACAUGACUGUAAUCACGGUGAAGAUGCUGGAGUGGUUUGCUCAGGUUCAAUGACAAAGCCUUCAGUGUCCUUGGUGUCCAGUUAUCCUUCAUUUCUAACUGGUGAAGAAGCCAGCAUCACCUGCACUGGCCCCUCCAGACUGCACAGCAGCACUGAUUUCUAUCUGUACAGAAGUGGUUCUGGAAACUACAUCACAACACAGAGAGCUGCACCUUCACAGACCAGCGUGACUUUCAUUCUGUCCGACUUCUCUGAGUCAAAGCAAGGCAGCUACAGCUGUGUGUAUAAAGUAACGGGGAGAAGUGAGACCUUCAGCUCACCUCACAGUGACCCUGUACACAUCGCAGUGGUCUGGCUCGCAGUGGUGAGGUGGAUGACGUCACGGACCAGGAAGUAACUGACUCCAAAACAGUGGAUGGGCGGGUGAAGCUGAGUGCAGUAGCACUCAGCGUAUUUAUUAACAAACAAACAAAAGAUUUAAACAAAACAACAAAACACAAAACAAAAGGG